UGCAAAUAUUAGAAACACUUGUAUAUUAACGAAUUCCUCAUCGCAACACAUAGUCACAUCAGCAAAUCACAUCAACGGCGACAUAGACACGCACUCGAAACGCAUACAAACACCAAGUGACUUGACUAGGACAACGUCACGGAGAAAUCGUUCGAGCAUGAAGAAGACGAGCGAGUGGCGGCUGGAGCAGUGCCGCACCAACCAGCGGAGGUAUCGGAAGCAAGCACAGGAAGGUCUGCGGUCCCUGGAGGAGCAGGUCGCGACGCUGAACGUCGAGACUGCGCGCUUGGAAGGCAACUUGACCAUCCUGCGUUCCACGACGCUGCUCGCGUCCGCCGGCGCCAAACUCAUCGCGCACUACUUGGACGUGUUUCGCCAUGGAUUGGUGGCGCACAACGAAACGACACAGGUGAACCUCGUGCGAAGCAUCGUCGCCGACGACGCGAUCGUCACAGGGGUGCAAGGCGGCGCGGACGCCGUCCUCGACGGAUGGCGGCAGCUCUCCCAUGCGUUUCCUUCGCUGGAACUGGUCCAAUCUCACAUGGAUGUCCUGCAUCUCGACACGUCGCAGCUCGUGCACUGCUAUGGCCACAUCAAGUGUCGGAUAUCCCAACGGACGUUGGAGUCGGUCUACCCCCAUGUGCUGACCAACUACGACGCACUGGCCGCGCGGUUGCUAGGUCGAACCCUCACGGUGCCGGUAGCAAGGCAGUAUUCGAUCGACAACGACACAAACCAGGUCACGGAAGUGCUGGUCACGGCCAACUUUAUGCAAGGACUCAUGGAGCUGCUCCAGUCGACAGAAGAUGCCAUGCACGUCAUGUCCGGGGCCAAAAUGGACCUGUGGGGCAAGCUGCUCUUGCAUCCUGACAACGACCUGUCGUAGCCAAGGUCCUGCAUCAUGUUUGUUGGCCGUGUGAUAUCUCGGAAAGGAAUGCCGUGUUGGGGGCAUGGCGAGGGUGCGUCGUGGAGAGAGCACGUGUUGCAUGUGCUGCAGCACGGUGGCGAUGAUAUCCACGCCAAGGAUGUUGUUCGUACCUCCAAGUAAUUUAAACCAAGGCGUGGGUGGAUCAGUGUACUGUGUUCCCACUGUGCAGUGUUCCGCCGCCUUCCGACGACGACUUGAACGCUUCGGAGGACAGGGCCACAAGCUUCCUUGGGGUGAGAUGCACUCCCCGGGACGUCUGCGGCGUCUUGAUGAGCUAGCGGCACCGUGAACUCCCACGUCGACGCCGCUUUCGAUCUUGAGAAUUGCUCCAAAGCAAUAAAAAGGUUGCUCUGGGUCCGGAUAUAUUUACCGGAUAGCAUGGAUACUACGGUACUAACGGAUUAUACUACCUCUGUCCGAAAGUGAUUGCACGAGUGUAAGUUUACGGUACAAUUUAUUAUAUUAUACAGUUUA